AUGUACACUUACUUACACGUCACUUGUGCUCAGAACAGCUCAGUGGUACCGCAGACGCUAGCUGGAAAAUCUGGUUUUGUCUGCAAUAAACACACCUCUGAGGAAACUGUGUCAAUUUCUGUUGGGGAUGAGGUGUAUGCUAAGACUGGAUCUUCAAGGUUACAAUAUGCUCAUGGAACUGUUGGUGGUAUUGAUACUCUUAAAACUUAUGAGGUUCAGUUUGACGAUGGAACCCUUUGCUCUGAAAUGUUACUCAGAGAUAUCAUAGUUAAUGAUGGACCUCCUGAUCUUGGUAGCUGUGUUAAAGUUAAAUGGAGCAAAAGAGAAAUAUAUGACGCAAGAAUAAUCGGAUACACCACAGUACCACAAUACAGAGUAAGAGAAUGUAUGGUUACAUGUACAUGAAUGUAUGGGAAUAGU